CCAGUGCUGCCAUUGGGUGUAUAUUGAAAAUUGUUUUCCUUUUUCUUGUCAUCAGCUGUCAAAUAGCUUCAAAAUGGUACAGCGUCUAACGUUUAGACGACGAUUGUCGUACAAUACCAAAUCUAACCAGAGAAGAAUAGUUCGAACACCUGGUGGACGUCUUGUAUAUCAGUAUGUCAAGAAGCCCAAGAAGAUCCCAAGAUGUGGUCAAUGCAAAAGCAAACUCAGAGGUAUUCAACCUGCCCGCCCGGCUGAGCGAUCCAGACUUUGCUACCGUAAAAAAACAGUGAAGCGUGUCUAUGGUGGUGUACUCUGUCACAAAUGUGUAAAGCAACGCAUUGUCAGAGCAUUCCUCAUUGAAGAACAGAAGAUUGUUAAGGUUCUUAAAGCACAGCAAGCCACAGCAAGAGUUGGAAAAAAGCCUGCGAAAUGAGUGAAUAAAUUAUAAUAAGUAAAAACUC